AUCUCAAGGGUUUGGGAGGGGUUCCCAUGGCUGAAGCGAAACCUCUUGAGAACUUGAUCGAUCAAUUCAUUGGAGAGAGGAAAACACUGUUUGGUUUCAGGGAUUGUUUCAUCUGUUCCGGCGUGGAGGUACUGCUGAGUAUGCCGAACACUUUCUGUACGUCAUCGUCAUUGGAGCUUGAGAAGCAGCGUGGAAUUAGGGUUGAGAAAAGAGCGCAAUUCAACAUGGCUCACGCUGACAUGGCAAUGGCGGUCUCUCACAUUCAGCGUUCUGCUUGGAAUUUUAGCUUGUAUUUAAAUCAGCGAAGAAAAGCAGAAGGAGAUCCCAGGUCCGUGACUCCUCUCCACUUUUUCAGCCACAACUGAAGCCCUACCUUGUCGCCCUGCAAAUCUUCUGCAGCAGCUUUGCUCGAUUUCUCCUAUCCUUACUUUUACUUUGGAAGUAUCAUCUUUGGACAACUUUAUUCUCCCCCAUUGAUAAAAAAACACAUUGAAAUGAGUGCUGAUUGACAUGCCACACUUCCAGGUUUCACAAGGACGCCACCAAAAACACAGAAGGAGGCUUCAUACACCUGUUCAUCAUACACCAAACACCAGAGAGAAAAAAAAUAUUCAGCUGCAGAAGGAUGGCUGUUGUGCCCUUGAAGCACCAAAACGUUCUUCACAAUUUCAUCACAGUUUGAUCCAAGUUGGUGCUAAAAUUCUACACAAUUUCUUGCUUUAUGCUAAUUUGCUUUUCCUGUGCAGAAGCUUCAAACAGAAGCCUAAUGUAAAUUUUUGUGGUGAGUAAUGUUUGUCUGUUCUUCUUCA